GAGAGACCUUAUGCUUGUCCUGUAGACAAUUGUGAUAGAAGAUUUUCUAGAAGUGACGAACUUACCCGCCAUAUUCGUAUUCAUACUGGACAAAAACCUUUUCAAUGUAAAGUUUGUUUACGUGCAUUCAGUAGAAGUGAUCAUUUAACUACUCAUGUUCGUACACAUACUGGGGAGAAGCCAUUCUCUUGUGAUAUAUGUGGUCGCAAAUUCGCUCGUAGUGACGAAAAGAAACGCCAUGCUAAAGUGCAUAUGAAACAG